AGAAGGCGCGCGGCUUUGAAGGCGCGGGAGCGAUGGCGGCGGCGCUGAGGCACCGUGGUGAGGAAAUGGCAGCCCUCACCCUGCAGAAGAGGAGCCGUGGCUCUACUGAUUCGGAUGACUCACCCUCAGCCUUUCAGACUCCGGUGAAAAAAGCCCUGACUGGCUUCGCUGCCGGCGGCUUUCUGCCCAAGAAACCCAGAAAUCACCACUUUGCUUCUCAAAUAAACUGGUCCUCGGGCUCCAGCAACGAUGAGUCGGGGGAGAAUGAGGCGGUGGCGGAGAAGGCAGUGCUGCCCAGGAGGCUGGAUAUCUCACCCCUCCAGGCAGCUGGGGCUCCUGCAGCCUCGGGGGGCUCCUCGGGGCAAUCCUCCCCCAAAUCCGCUGCCUCCUACAAGCCCCUCGUGCCCGUGAUGUCUUUUUACAGCAAGGAAAAGCGGUACCUUACCCCUCUAGAGAGGAAAGAACUGAAGGAGAACUGCUUUUUGAGGGAGAGGAGCAGGGAUGACAACCUGCCGGCCGCCAGCAGGACUGAGAAGAGGAACUUGAGCAGGCCCCCCAGCUCCAAGCCCCCCAAACACGCCAAAGCUCCCCCCACAAGCCUGAAGAAAGCAAAGGCAGAUGUUCCUCCAGGAAAACCCAGCGCAGAGAAAGAGAACGUGAAUAUCCUGGUGAAAAAGAAGAGGGAUUCUCCCUGCCGGGUCCUGAGCAGGAUGGUGAAACCUGCCUUCAAACUCCAGCUGGGAGCGGCGUUUUUUUCCGCCAGGAAGAAAUCACACUCCAAAAAACCACUUGGAGAUGCUAAAUCUCUCCCGGCUGACCCCAAAUCUCUGCAGGAAAACGCUCAGCCCGCGCCGCUGACAACUAGCAAGUCGAAUUCAGGUGAUAAAACCCAAAUUCUCAAGGUGGAGGGCAUCUUGAGGAGCAUUCCUGUGCCUCAGGAGAAGGGAAAUGCCAACAGGGAGGACUCUGUGAGCGGUGAAAAUCCAGAGGGAGGUUCGGUCGGGGAUGGAAAAAGAUCCCAGGGGAAAAACGGGAGCAACCUGGGUCCAGUUUGUGCUUCCCAGAACCCAGGGGACAGCGAUGGAGAGAAGGGGGUGAGUAAACGUGUCCCCCAACACCAGGGGUUGAGCUCACCCUCAGCCUUUCAGACUCCGGUGAAAAAAGCCCUGACUGGCUUCGCCGCCGGCGCCUUUCUGCCCAAGAAACCCAGAAAUCACCACUUUGCUUCUCAAAUAAACUGGUCCUCGGGCUCCAGCAACGAUGAGUCGGGGGAGAAUGAGGCGGUGGCGGAGAAGGCAGUGCUGCCCAGGAGGCUGGAUAUCUCACCCCUCCAGGCAGCUGGGGCUCCUGCAGCCUCGGGGGGCUCCUCGGGGCAAUCCUCCCCCAAAUCCGCUGCCUCCUACAAGCCCCUCGUGCCCGUGAUGUCUUUUUACAGCAAGGAAAAGCGGUACCUUACCCCUCUAGAGAGGAAAGAACUGAAGGAGAACUGCUUUUUGAGGGAGAGGAGCAGGGAUGACAACCUGCCGGCCGCCAGCAGGACUGAGAAGAGGAACUUGAGCAGGCCCCCCAGCUCCAAGCCCCCCAAACACGCCAAAGCUCCCCCCACAAGCCUGAAGAAAGCAAAGGCAGAUGUUCCUCCAGGAAAACCCAGCGCAGAGAAAGAGAACGUGAAUAUCCUGGUGAAAAAGAAGAGGGAUUCUCCCUGCCGGGUCCUGAGCAGGAUGGUGAAACCUGCCUUCAAACUCCAGCUGGGAGCGGCGUUUUUUUCCGCCAGGAAGAAAUCACACUCCAAAAAACCACUUGGAGAUGCUAAAUCUCUCCCGGCUGACCCCAAAUCUCUGCAGGAAAACGCUCAGCCCGCGCCGCUGACAACUAGCAAGUCGAAUUCAGGUGAUAAAACCCAAAUUCUCAAGGUGGAGGGCAUCUUGAGGAGCAUUCCUGUGCCUCAGGAGAAGGGAAAUGCCAACAGGGAGGACUCUGUGAGCAGUGAAAAUCCAGAGGGAGGUUCGGUCGGGGAUGGAAAAAGAUCCCAGGGGAAAAACGGGAGCAACCUGGGUCCAGUUUGUGCUUCCCAGAACCCAGGGGACAGCGAUGGAGAGAAGGGGAAUAUUUGCAAGAGGCUUCCAAAAGCUGUGGAGGUGCCAAGUUGCAGAGAGAGAACGAAGCAGAGUCCUCAAAAUGCUGAGGACGUUGAGGAAAUCAGUUCUUCCUCAAGCCAGGAGUCGGACGAUGGUGUUAUUCCUUCGAGCCAACCUCCCCCUGAGGGGAACAAACCAGCCUCUCCUUCCAACCCCGACAUCUACCCCAUAUUCAGUGCACCCCCUGCCAGCAAGAAAAGGACUCAGGCUGCGCUGGAUGAACUGACUUCUCCCUUCGGGUCCAACCCACCCGUGAAAACACCUCACCCCUUGCAGAAGAGCAAGAAGGCGAAGGAGCUCUGCUCCAGGGAUCAGAUGGUCAUUGAUGCCGGGCAGAAGCAUUUUGGGGCCAUAGUCUGCAAGUCGUGCGGGAUGAUCUACACGGCAGGCAGCCCCGAGGACGAGGCCCAGCACAUCCAGCACCACGAGAGGUUCCUGGAGGCUCUCCGCUACGUGGGUUGGAAGAAAGAACGGGUCGUGGCGGAGUUCUGGGAUGGGAAAAUUGUGCUGAUUCUUCCAGAUGACCCAAAAUACGCCGUCAAGAAGGCAGAAGACGUGCGGGAAAUUGUAGAUAAUGAGCUGGGAUUUAAGCAGGUGUCUCUGAGCUGCCCAGCCAAGGCUAAGAUCUACUUGUUCGUGUCCAACGAGAAGAUGAUCGUUGGGUGCUUGGUGGCUGAAUCAAUCAAGCAGGCUUUCCGGGUGCUGGCUGAGCCAGGAGCCACACUGUCCCCCGAGAAGGACCCUCUGCAGCACCAACGGCCCUGGCGCUGCUCCACGCAGCCAGAACCCGCCGUCUGUGGCAUCAGCAGGAUCUGGGUGUUCAGGCCCCGCCGAGGGAAGGGCAUCGCCCGUCGCAUGGUGGACGUGGUCAGGAGCACCUUCAUGUACGGCUGCGUCCUGAGCACCCAGGAGAUCGCCUUCUCCGACCCCACGCCCGACGGCAAGCUCUUCGCCACCACCUACUGCCAGACCCCGAGCUUCCUUGUUUACAAUUUCAUUUCUAACAACUGAUUCGGCUUGAUUAUUGCAAGUUGAGGUUUGUUUAAAUAAUCUAAAGUAAUUUGAUGUUUUAAUUAACACUUGUUAAAGCGUUGUUACCCUCCCGAACGCUGUUCUCCUGCUGAGCGCUAAUUCUUCCUCCCUUUCUUGGGGGGGGGGAAGAGUGUGUCACUUUGUGUACAGAGUUGUGUUGUGUUUGAGUGGAACCUGGCUUGGAUUUCAGGUAGGUUUUGUUUUCUGCUGAGAUAAAAUUUUAUGGCAAGUAACUUAAUUUCUUUAAAAAGGUUUAAUUAAUAUAAAGACGACUGGUUUUCCUCCCUGAUGUGUGUUCCUCCCUCAAUCUCUGCUGGGUGUCAAAAGGCAGAGUUGCUCAAGUUGUGCAACAAACAAUUGCUGAGUUUCUGUAGAAGGUAAAAGAUGUUUUAAAACGACUGAUGUGUGGCAGGAUUUCUGCCCCCUCGGUGGGUAAAACCUGUUGUGCUGCCUGGGGAAAGCUGCCCCCCUCAAUAAAAGGUGUGAAAAGCUG